AUGACCCGCGACUCAAAAGAUAGACCGAACUUGCAACAAGGACACAAGAGGAACCUAAGCCUGCGAGAGAACCAAGCCCAGGAAGGAGAUCGAACAAAAAAGCGCGAAGGAGCAGAUAAACGGGACAAAGACAACCCCGACAACCAGGACAAAGACGAGCCGCACCAAGCAGAACCCAGCGAGGAGACACAAAGACACGCCACGAAGAAAAACCGAAAGCACGACAAAGACUCCACACCCGGAAGGGACCCCGUACCCUACUCAGCAAGCACGACAAAUGAGGAACGAGUAAUACCCCAAGAGAUACAACACAACAGGGGUAACCCGAAACAACACACCGAAGCCUACUGCCGCGGAGUAAUUCAAAAUAGCGACCGAAAGAAAAGCACAAAAGACGAAAACAACCAACCCCAAAACCACCACCACAGACAAACGAAGCCCCACCGGAACAGUCCCGCCCUCAGGAACAGAGCCGACGACCAAGGCCCAAGGACACGAACACCACGCACAAGCGCAAACGAAACGACCCGAAAACCCCCAAAGACCAAGCACCACCAACCCCCCGAACUCACCUCCACCCGACCGAGCGCAAAAAACAACGGGCCCACGAAGCCAGAAGAGACACCAAACACCCGCGAAAAACCACCUGCCAGCCCCCAACGGCCGCCGCGCCACCAACAGCCGUCAGAUAGCAUCCCACCCGCAGAACACGCAACCCGUGCAACACCCACUACCCCCGAACCAACAAGGAGACCACCCAGCGCCAACACCCGCAACACCCGGCAAACCACAUCGCCAGAAACAGCAAAACCGGAUUAG